CAAAAUUACAAAGCGUGACGUUUAAGCAAUAAUUGAACUUUUCUAAAAAUUGAUAUCCAUUUUUUUUGUGACAAUAAAGUGAGUGUGUCAAACGGAUGGAUGCUUAGGUUUUACUAAUGUCGGAACAAGAGAAAAAGAGUGGCGGGAGCACCAUCAAAGGCUCCGUAAUGAUGGUAGAAAAGACGCCGGGUGGUCGGUUAAAACAGCCUUACCGGCCCAAUGAGCUGCAGGAUAAUACCGAUUUUCACCAAAAACGUCCCAGAGCACCUAUCGUACCUUCUGUUGCCGAGGAAAUGAAAUAUUUUACUGAAGAUUGUACCUCUAAUGAAAAUGAGUUUAAAAAGAGAAAGGAAUAUGAAGAAGUCCCUUAUGACAAAGAAAAACAAAGUUUUGCAAAAAAAAUAACAUCAAACACGGAGAGGCGGGAUCACUCACCUGAAUCUAUUAUGUUACAAUCUACAGAGCUAGAUCGAAAGAAAGGGCCCAUUGCUCCUUUGGUUCAGCCCAUACCUGAUGUGCAAUCUACAGCGUCAGGUCUUAUUGACAUGGAAAAAGAAGCGGCAACGAAAGUCGAUGAAGACAGCAUAACAGAGGAGGUUGAAGAGUUACAGCCGUCUGAAGUUGCUAAAAAACAUUCUGAAUGGAAAGCUAAACCAUCCUCCAUCCAAAAAAAGAAAGAAAUAUCUUGGAACAAUUACGAGAAUAUUAUUCUUAAGGAUGUAGAGAAAAAAAAGAGUGAUGUGUGUAUAUUAGGCUGUAAAGCCUCCAUCGGUCCUUGCUUACAAAAUAUAGCACCUUUUAAGGGUCCUUCUGGAAUCACUAUAUGCUUACCGAAGAAAUCUUUGAAAUGUGUGAAUCAACCAUCUGGAAUCAAUGUCAAUAUAUCAAGGAAAGGCUUAGGGAAAUCUAAAUCUACUGCCAACGAAAUGUGCCCAAUUGAAAGAGAGCAAACUACACUUAAUAUGGAGAAACAAUCUGAAAUGGUGAACAACAAUGUUCCUCUAACCAAUUUUUUUAAUAACGUCAAAGACAAGAUUAGCAAUGUUCAAAGUAAAAUUAGAAACUUUUUUCAUUCAUGA